AUGUCCCUCAUGGAGCACACCGCCUCCCACUCUGUGACCCUCGGCAACUUCAACCGAACUGCCUCAUCAGCUGCCAUGGAAACAACUCAGAUCGGCUUCCCUCUGGACGAUGAUGAAGCAGGGUUCGACUGGAUCGAUGAGAACUUGGAAAUCGAUCCGAACGUUCCCAUAAAACCGAUGGGAACCGACAGACCAGACGUUUGCGACGGAGACAAAUCGCGCUCGGCGCCCAUCCAAACUGCUCUCGACAGUGACUCUGAUAAGACUCAUGCGGUCGAGCUGCGAAGCGAACAGACAGAGAGCGUCAAAAACGAGGUUUUGAAAGUAGCUUCGAAAUUCUUUAAAUCGGACAGGACAAAUGAGGAAGCGAAAUCGGCUCUCGACAUCUUCGGCAUCAACGCUGCUCUUAAUAGCCAAACGGGUCGACAGGAAAAACAAGACCGAGUGCCACCGGAGCCCGAAGUCAGUACGAGGCCAACACUCGGGGAAGUGUUCCCUCGACGAGAUAGAGCUCGACUGUCGAGUAUCGAAAACCAAUCAUCGAGUUCCUCGAGCACCAAAGUCGAAUCGGCCAUGGACCAAUCGGGAGCCUCCGAGAGAUCAGCUUGUCGAAAUUCCACUGAAUCGAGAAUGGAAGAUACAACGAUCGGCGACAAUUACGGGCAGACGGACGACAGGACCGCGAGCUACGAGGAAUCCGAUGAAGACAUGAGCGAAGGUGAAGCUUCCAUCGAGAUGUCCCGGUGUCGCAGUUCCCAAGAGUCAAUAGUUCUGCAAUCAGAAUCGUGGUGCAAUUUGACUGGGGUGAAGAAUCUGGAGCUGGACGAGGAGUCCGGCUUGACGAGCUUCCAGCCGACUCUGCCCGUGGAAUGCAUGCCGAGCCAGUCCUCUUUCUCUCAAAGCUGUGACCAAGAGAACGAGUCGACCAUUGACGCAGAUGACUGCAGCAACAUAACGGAUGAGAGAGAACCCACAACGAUGCAUCAAAGCCAAUCUCCAACGUUUGUCCGCCCGAGCCUCCGCUCUAGCGUUUCAUCGGUGGAGAUGCCCAAACCUGACUGGACUCUGGAACAAUGGAUCCAAUAUGAUCCGGAAACGUUCUCCAUCUUCGCGGAGCCCAUCGUGGAGCGCGAGCCAAUCCCGAAGGUGGUCAGAGCAGACAAGCAAAUUCUCCAAGUAGACCGCGACCGACUUCGAAAGGCUGUCACGCUGGAGCCUGACGCCGCGCUCGAGGAAUUCAUCAAGCGUGAGAAGCUAGUGAUGCGGAACAUCAAAAGCGAAUGUGAAGAACUCUUGAAGAAAUUGAAAACUCGAUUGGAGCAAAUGACUGCUGUCCUCAUCGAUAGCUCGCCCUUCUACGAAGUUCUUCCGCCAGAAAAUUUCAAGAUUUCAACGGACAAAAAAUCAGAGACGGUGACCGUCAGGUAG